AUACACUUUAGCGUGUAAUAAAAUCAAUGUUCUGAAGGAAAUAAAAUGGUCUAAAAGCGAUAGCGCGUACAAGCUUUAUUGGGAACAUGUGAGCACAACAGAUCGUCAGGAGAAAAUGAAACGACCAGUUAAAACGCGAGAGGAUUUAAAACUGUCAAAGGAUACAACAUUGAACAAGCUGUGCUCUAUUGUUUACGUAUCUAUUUAUAGAGAGUGAUACAUUAAUUAAUUAAAGGAGUAACACGUUUCAAAUGGGAUUUGAAAUCAUUUAUAUUUUCUAACUGAUUAAUGAAUUAAUAUUUGUGUCAUUUUACUUUUGUUGUGUUGAAUAUUCUAAGGAAAAAAGCGAUGUAAUUAAAUUAACAUUUAUUUUACCUUUAUUUAUAUGAGGAAAGAAAAACUCUUUCGGAAAGUAAAAGACAACAAGGAAAGAAAUAGAAACAAUAAGAGACCUAAUUUCAACCCUCGGGAAUCAAAAUAUACAGAUACUUUUAGUUAUUCUAAUUGGAUUCUUGUCUAACCUCGUUUAUAUUGAGACACAGUAUGUCUAGUGAUAAAUACGCAGUGCAGUUGGCGCAGACGAAUAACUCUACAGAUGAAUGUCCAGAAUGGUGGUGUGGGAAAACGAGCGCACUUGCAAUUCUUGAGGCGUUUGUAAUAGUCUUGUGCAUUCUGGGAAGCUUUGGAAACUUAGUUACAGUCUUAGCAAUUUUGUUUUCAAGUCUGCGGUACAGUGUUAACUGCAUCCUGAUUGGAAGUCAAAGUUUUGCGGGAUUCUUGUAUUGUUCUCUUAUUUUGUCAAUGCAAGCAGUGAUAUUUCAUCGCAAGGCACAAAAAGUACCAAAAGAAUUUUGUUCCGCAGUGGGUGGAAUACGAUACACACUGGUUGGAGUUAUUAUGUUGCACCUAGGUGUAAUAGCUUUGUACCGAUUCUUGAAUGUAGUAUAUAUUAACAAAUACCGUUUUAUGUCAGAACUAAGGCAACUAUCAUUUGCACUGGCUACUUGCUGGUUGUUGCCUAUGGUUUUCACAAUUCCACCUACGUUUAGCAUAUGGGGAGGAUUCCAUUUUCAGUCCUCCAUAUUGGCAUGUACAUUUGACAAAUCAACUGACCAAUCAAAUCGCAUUGCUACUGUCACUGCGGGUUUCAUAGUUCCGUGUUUAUUUAUAAUGUACUGUUACGCCAGAAUUGGAUGUGCGGCAUACAAAAGCUUUAAACGGAUGAGUCGGUGGCAAGGCAAUACGCCCCAAGGAAAGGCGUUGAGACUUUCGGCAAUGAUGCUUUGCAUAUUUUUCAUAUUUUUCCUAGGUACAUUCCCAUAUUUUGUACUAAAUGUAACUGAUAGAGAAUUCAAGUAUCCUAUUCACCACAUUUGGACCACGAUGCUUGGCUGGCUGCUUUAUUGUCUGAAUCCAGUAGUGUACACACUGAUGGACAAUAAUUUUAGGACAGCAUACAAGAAAAUUCUAAUGGGAGACUGUGAAAAGAACCCUGUGCGAAGAGCCGGAAGCACAUUCUCACAAGCAGCGUCAGUAUAAAAAAGCCAUUUAGACCUGUAUUCUUUGGACAGUCCACUUAAGACACAAUGUUUUUUGGUUGAGUCAUGUGUCGCGUAAUACAUUAGCAUGUUCAAACUUUUUGACAGUCUACAGUAAUUGAGAAAUAACUGAAGAAUAACAUUAUUUCUUCAGGCAGAUAAUUGCCAAAGCGGACUUCAGAAACUUUUGAGACUAAUGCUCAUCCGUAGAAACAAUUACAAAUACACGAACGAUUGUUUUCAUGGACAUCUAGGGGAUUUCAAUUACCCUGUACAUUUACAAUUUGAACACAGUCGGUUCGGUUAUAACUGAGAUACAAGCGUUAUAACACACCACACUCGUUUACAUUGGUGUUAUUUUAUCGUAAACAUGGAGGCUCCAAGUAGUAAGUACAUUAAGUCCUACAUAAUGAUGUGUUGUUCUCUGAACAUACGUGCAUAAGCUAAGCAGAUUCUGCUUACGGUGAAACUUCCCUAUCCAAAGCCACUGUUUAUAGGUGGGUAAGAAUAUUUAAUAGGAUAGAAUCCCUAGCCCUAAAACGUCAGCAUCGCAUCCCCUCAUAACACUGCUGCUGUAGCAGUCAUUGUAGCAGAAGACUCGAGAUAUACAGUUUCCCAAAUAUCAGUGGGCAUUUCAUCGGGAAGUGUUCAAGGAAGUCGGACUAAACACUUAAAAUUAUCGAAGGUGUGUGCAAGGUGGGUACCUUAUCUUUUAAACAAAGAGCAAAACACAGGGGACGAGAAAUGGGUAUAUUCGAACCUCAAAGGCGACAUCACACGCACACACACACGCGCACGCGCACGCGCACGCACACGCACACGCACACGCACACAAAUACGCAGAGUAUUUGGCAGAUCUGUUACUGGAAAAAUUUAAAGGGCAAGGUUCUAAAAUAAGUUAGGGUACAUUCAACGUCACCUAAAAACUGGUUUACAGGGCAUCUGCCUCAUACAUUAUAAUGCAUCUGCACACAAGAGCACAGCAGUAUUUACAGAACAAUUACCAUACCCUCAAUAUUCGCCUGACCUAAAUACCCUUUCUCUUUACUUUGCUGAAAAUACAUGCUGGCUGGUCGUCGCUAUAAUUUCAGAAGCGCCCUAAUAGUGAAGUGUUUCGGUGUCUGCGUAGUAUAUAAAGGGAGACUGCCCUGUAGCUUUCAGGUCGAUAGCCCGGACUGAAAAAGUGCGUUUCUGUUGUAGGUGAAUAUUUUGAAGGACUGGCGUAAGCAAUAUGCUUAAAUACAUGUUUUCCUAUAUUUUAUAUGAACAGUCUCAAAUUUUCUGAAUUUCCUCAUACUACCAUAAUUAUUGUGUUUCCGACUUUUGCUAUAGAACUUAAACGGACAUGGCUUCGAUGGAAAUGAAUAUGCUUUUAAAAAUUGUUUUAUGACUGUUUGCCUUAUAUAAGCAUCACCAUACAAGGGUUUGUCGAAAUAAAGUCGAUGACAUCUGAGGUCUGUAUACCAUGGUGAAAAUAAAUAAUUUGGUAUAGGAUGGUAAAUGGAAUUACAUUUUAUGAUAGUAUAAUAUAUUGUUAGAUAACUUUUCUGGAAUGUAAAGUUCAAUGUUUAGUUCUUAUCGCCAAUAACGCCUAUAUCGAUAAGCACUUGAAAGUCAGGUAAGAUACGACAGAGAUAACAAACAUUUUAAUUAGCCUUUAUAUUCACUUUGCUUCUAGAUUUUAACGUAAGCACUAGUUUCGAUCUAUUAUUUAGUCAUUGAAUGUUAACAAUCCUUUUGGUAAGUGUAGUCUCGUCAUAAGCGAAUGUUAUUUAUGUUUUCGUAACAUAUCUUUUUAUCUUAAGUAGUGACGAUUUACUCUUGUUUUUAUUUUUCAUUGCACUUUUAUGCAUUUGUUCAUUCCAGUAUGAAAAGAAGAUUGCGAAAUAGAUAUAUUUUGUUUACAGUAAUUG